AUGCCUGCUGAUAUCAGGAGCUUUUUUGGUGGCAAGCCGAGUAGCAGUCAGGGCUCUAGUGCCUCUCCUGUUAAGCCGCCCGCAAAGAAAGAGGAACCUGCUGGCAGGAAAAGACGCGGGAGGAAAGUUGUGGAUGACAGUGAUGAUGAGGACGAUAUCAAAGCGACCAAGGCGCCAGCCACCAAAGCUAAGGAGUCAACAAAGCCGAAACCCGAGGCACCGCAAGGGGAGGUAACGACCACUUCGGACUACUUCGCCUCCAGUAAGAAGAAAGGAAGGCCGGCCAAAACCAGUACUGCGAUGCCCGCUGCGGAGACUCAGCCCCCCAAUAACGCUGUUUCAGAAGAGGGCAAAGCCAGCAAAUCGCCGCGAGCGAAUAAACAGACCGAGAAAAAGGAGACCCCCAAGCGACCAACGCGCGAAUCUAAGAGGAAAGCUACGACUGUCCUAGAUGAUGAAAAACUCGGCGAUGAUGACAUAUUUGCAACGGAGUUUGGAAAGCCAGGUAAAGGAGAUGAUGAUUAUGUUGAGGAUGAGCACAGUGAAAAGGAUAGCGAUCUCGAGGAACUUGCAGUGAAACCGGCUACUGCAGCUUCAAGUAGGUCUGGUCGUAGGAAGCCAGCCUCGAAGUUAGACUCAGAUGACGAUGAUGUAGUUAUGGAGGAUGCGCCAAAACCGUCGAAGAGAGCAACAAAAUCGGCCGCUUCACAGCCUGGAAGGAAACGGAAAUCUGAAGCCCUGGGUAAGGAGGAGGACGAUGAGCCCCAGGAAAGCCCUAAGAAGGGUACUUCACAUUCGAAAGCAUCGUCAACGGCUCGUGCGCCCAAAAAACCAAAGGGGUCUCCGUCUAAGAAAGACCAGCCCGAAAGGAAGGAAAUACAGGACAUCUUUAACAGUAUCCCAACUGUCCGACCACCCUCACCCCCACCCGAAUCUGGAGACAAGAAGAAGUUUAACCCUUUCGCUGCACGCGCGCGCUCCCCCGCGGCAGCCGGAACCGCUGAAAUCCCGGUUGGGGCUGAAAACUGUCUUGCAGGGUUGUCUUUUGUUUUCACCGGCGUCCUUGACACUUUGGGUCGUGAAGAAGGACAAAUCCUAGUCAAAAAAUAUGGCGGCAAAGUUACUGGAGCUCCGAGUUCAAAGACAAGCUACGUUGUCCUCGGAGGCGAUGCCGGCCCCAAAAAGCUUAAGACGAUCAGGGACCAUAACCUGAAAACAAUCAAUGAAGAGGGUCUCUUCGAGCUCAUCCGAAGACUGCCAGCCAAUGGCGGCGACGGAAAAGCCGCUGAAAAAUAUGAAGAAAAGAGGAAGGCAGAAGACAAGAAAAUUCGAGCCAUGGCUGCUGAAAUUGAACAGGAAGAGAAGCGCAAGGCGAAGGCUGCUAGUGCAGCGUCAGCUAAGGCGCCCGCGGGACCCCAGGCACCAUCAAAUUCGCAAGGCCCCAGGCCUGAGGAUGAGCUCUGGACCACAAAGUAUGCACCAACGUCAAUGAACAUGAUCUGUGGCAAUAAAACCGCUGUCGAGAAACUUCAAAGUUGGCUUCGGGAUUGGCACAAGAAUGCCAAGGGGAACUUCUCGAAACCUGGUAAGGAUGGCACUGGAAUUUACCGCGCGGUCAUGAUCCACGGCCCUCCAGGAAUCGGUAAAACAACCGCAGCACAUCUUGUGGCGAAGCUCGAAGGCUACGAUAUCGUCGAAACUAAUGCUAGUGACACGAGAAGCAAAAAGCUCGUUGAAACCGGUCUUUUGGGUGUCUUGGAUACAACGUCCCUGCAAGGUUAUUUUGCCGCUGAUGGCCAAAAGGUGCACAGAGAAAAAAAAAAUAUGGUAUUGAUCAUGGAUGAGGUAGAUGGAAUGUCAGCUGGAGACCGAGGUGGUGUUGGGGCGUUGGCUGCUAUUGCAAAGAAAACUCACAUCCCACUCAUCCUCAUAUGUAACGAACGUAGGCUUCCGAAAAUGAAGCCUUUCGAUCACGUUACGUAUGAGCUACCCUUUAGACGUCCGACUGCUGAACAGAUCAGGGCUAGACUCUCAACGAUCUGUUUCCGAGAGGGUCUGAAGAUCCCCCCCCCUGUUCUCGAUAGUCUCAUCGAAGGGACGCAUGCCGACAUUCGUCAAGUUAUUAAUAUGCUGUCGACUGUGAAGUUGGAUCAGCAAAAUCUGAAUUUUGAGAAGGGGCGGGAGAUGUCCAAGGCCUGGGAAAAGCAUGUCAUCCUGAAGCCUUGGGACAUCGUGUCCAAAAUCCUCAGUGCUCAGAUGUUCUCUCCAAGUUCCAAAGCGACGUUGAACGACAAGAUCGAACUUUAUUUCAAUGAUCACGAGUUCAGCUACUUGAUGCUUCAAGAGAACUACCUGAGAACAAGGCCAGCCUUGUCCAGUAAUUAUCAAGGCAAAGAGCAAAAGUUGAAGUUGCUCGAGUUAGCGGAUAAUGCAGCGUCAAGCAUCAGUGACGGUGACCUGGUUGACAGAAUGAUCCAUGGAACACAACAGCAAUGGAGUCUGAUGCCAACCCACGCUGUCUUCAGCUUUGUUCGUCCCGCCAGUUUCGCUUACGGCAAUAUGACCGAGCGAGCUGGCUUCACUAGUUGGCUAGGUCAGAACAGCAAACAAGGGAAACUUUGGCGUUGUACCAGGGAAAUCCAGGGCCACAUGCGCCUUCGUGCCUCCGGGGACCGUGACGAAAUCAGACAACAAUAUCUACCCCUCAUCUGGGAUAAGCUUGUUCGCCGGUUGAUGAAAGACGGAAAAGAAGGUGUUGAGGACGUCAUUGAUUUCAUGGACAGUUAUUUCCUCACCCGGGAUGACUGGGAUGCUCUGGUCGAGCUUGGUCUUGGCCCUAUGGAUCAAUCAAUGGUGAAAUUAGAUACACAGACGAAAGCGACAUUCACACGACUCUAUAAUCAGCGCUCGCACCCACUUCCCUUCAUGAAGGCUAGCAGCGUCGCUGCUCCAAAGAAAAUGCCAAAGGACAAGCCCGAUAUUGAAGAUGCAAUCGAUGAGUCGGAUGAUGAAGUGCUCGAGGAUGAUACCAAAGAGGAUGAUGAAAGUGAAGAACUAGACCUGAAGAAGGACAAAUAUGUCCGGGUACCAAAGAAACCAGCCUCGAAAUCCGCGGCGAAGGGCGGCUCAGGCAAAGGGAAGAAGGCUAAGAAGGCCGCCGACGAUGAUUUUAUUGAUGAUGACGAGAAACCGAAGAGAGGGAGAGGUCGCAAGGCUAAGGCUUAUUUUACGAUAUGGCAACUGCGCACCUCUUAUCUGUCCACGAUAAAAGACGGAAUAGGCGACAGACUCAUCAACGUGAAUAACUCGGUUCUCAAUACUCCUGGAUUUCGCGCAGCGGGCUGGUCCUCGGCCUCAACAAACCCCAGCGCACAAAGCGUAGCAGCCCAUAUUCGCCGGACGUAUUCUCCUCCGAUUCCCACCACCGCUGCGGUUACUUCAGAGUAUUACCAGCUAGGCGUUUCUAGGGAUGCGAACGAAGCCCAGAGACUUGGUUUAGGGGAGGAUGGCGAAGAAGAUGAAGGGGGUAUGGUGACGGGCAAAAGCUCUACGGAAGUGAUAGGACGCCGGCCCCAUGGACGUGCUGGGAAAAGGACCCAUCGGAAGGAGCGACAGCAAAACGAUUCUUAUAAGCAAAGAGAUGCGGAGGAGGAUGACAGCAGUGAUCUGAGUGAUGAGAGCGACGAUGAUGUGGAUAGUCAAAGGGCUUCCCAACAGAUUAAAUUUCCUAAGUUGCCAAUACGGACACGAGCCGGAUCCUCUCCAAUACGUUCAAUUGAUCGUCAAGAAGGCCCACAAGUUAUGGUCACAUCUCCCUCUCACCCCACGAUGGGCAUGCAUUAUCGCACGGGAUCGCUAGGAACCGCUGUUAGUGUGAAUGAGCGGCCACGGCGAGAUACAACUACGACCGCCAGCAGCGACAUGUCUUCGGAUAAUGAGAUGGGCUCCUUGGCUUCGCGGAAGCAGAUUCAGUUUUCUGGUCAGGAUCAGGUUAUAGAGUUGACUAGUAACCGGCGCAGGGGAGCUACUAGUAGGAAUCUUGGAGGACUAGAUGAGCAUCCGGAAGAUUCAGGAGCUGAGUCCGAGGACUCGGCACUUUCAUCCGAUUUCGAUGCCACGGCUGGUUCUGCAUCGCUCCUGGUGGGCGUCGGUAUCACUGGAAGCCUAGAUUCAUCAUCGCCCAUGAUGAUGCACAAGUUGCCGAAUGGAACAGGAUCUCAAACAGCAUCUCCUAGGAAGGCCAAGACACCGGCUCCCGAAUUGCAAGAUUUGCCUCCACCGCGGCCCAUUAGCACAGUACAACCCGUUAGUUUGCUAUCGAAGGCACUCAACGCGCGCAAACGUGCACCGACCAAUCCGGUCGAGAAAUUUGCGGUGCUAUCGGGCAAAGGCCUUACUGAUGCAUUGAAUAUCAAGUUAUAUUUGCCGUUUUCUUCUGACCCGGAGGAGCCGAUUGACCUUCCUAUUGCCCGAGAAUCUAAACUCGCGGAGCAACCAGCUCCCGUCACCGUGGUUGAGGCGAUCGGUUUGGCACUCUGGCGAUACUCGGAAGAAGGUCGCCAACCUGCCAUUGAACGUAACAAAUUGACUGUUAACCGAUGGGCGCUUCGAAUGGUGGAAGACGGCGAAGUGGAAUAUGACUUCCCUGCCUUAGGACGAACGUCACAAAUUACGGAUUUUACGUCGAAUAACAAUCGAGCAGCUGGGGCACGAGGGAGAGGGAGAGGGAAACAGUACGAUGAAUUUGCGCUGGUGGAGGCUUCCGAUAGUGAAUUUGAAGAGAAUGAGCGCCAGUUCCCCACGGAGAGCCAAGCAGUUCCUCCUGAAGACACCAAUGAUGCAGCGUCAGCUCUCAAUGUUCCCUCCGCCCAACCAACUUCUCAAAACAAAGCGCCUCGACCCAAUCCGAUCUUAGGCCAACCGUUCUCGUCGGCCCUGAAUGAUAAUACGCUCACGCCGGCCGAUCGGCCUGCGGUGCCAACGUCGCAUGCUACGCCGCGCCUGGGGGUCUCGAAGACCCUGAAGAUCCGCUUCAUCAAUAUCGAGGGCUCUACGCAAGUCACGACUCUCAAUACGUCCACUGACAGCUACAUCGCGGAGAUAUUGGACUCGGUAUGCAAACGCUGGGGCUUAGAUAAGGGGAAUUACCUCCUGAAGGUGAUGGGAUCCAAUACGAUCGCGCCUUUAGACCGCACCGUGGAAGCUCUGGGGAACCUUACCGAUCUGGAUCUCGUGCGCCGGCGAUUUGGGCCCCAGUCUUUGACUGGCUCUCCAGGCAGCUCUUCCCCCAAUGCACCGCUUCAAAUUGACAGUGGCACUGUGCCGUCGAGCAAGAAAGGGAAGAAGGGCGGACCGCGCAUGUUACAUCCACUGGCGCAGCAGCAGGACCUCAUUGGGGGCUACUAUCGCCGGUACCACGUGUUCCGCAAGCAAUCCAUGUCUUUCACUGCCUCGAACCACAAGAUUCUCACGUUUGACAAUGACUACAUGCACAUCAUGCCGGGGGAUACUGCGAAGACUGGAUCGGACACCAAGACCCGGUCGAUUAGUUUCAACGACGUCGUUGGAUGCAAGGUGAGCCGUCGCCAUCCCAAGAACUUCCGGGUGGUUGUGCUUCGUGGCAACGAUGCGAACGAGCAGAAGCGAUAUGACUUUGAGGCGCGGAACGCACUGGAAGCGGUGGAGAUUGUGGAUGAAAUCAAGAAGAACAUGGCACAUUAUCGGAUUUAG